CGUUUAAUCAUGAGUUGAAGUAUUUGUACGCAUAUUUGGUCAUACCAUAUCUUUUUAUCUAUAUAAAUAUACAUUAGAGCUUAUAGGGACUUGAACACAAUUUUAGAUCAAAAUUUUAUUUCUUAUUUUUUAGAUACAUACACAUUUUGAAUGAUUUCUUAUAUUUGUUUACAAAUAAUGUAAAGCAUGGAAUUACCAUUUCUUUGAUAAAAUAACUCGUAAGAAACAAGGCAAACUUGUUUAAUGUGCUUAUAUAAUAUAUUAUCAAUAGAAGAAAGCAACAUUUGAAACUUAUACCAAUAUAACACAAAUGUAAACAAUAACAAGGCUCGAGCUUUGUUUACAAAACAAAAAAUUCCAAAUUCUGUAUCUUGCUUAUAACUCAAUAUCUGACUUUUAAAUUUUGAUAAAGCAUUAAAAAUAUUCAUAUUAAUGAAAAAAUAAAAUUCAAGAUUUUGAGCUCAAAUCGUGUUAAAGUGAUUAAUGUAAAGGUAUUACAUUUUUCUCUGUAUUUCAUUCAUCAUCGCUAAAUGCCAUGCAUGUAUGAAUUAAAACUGAUGCAUUCAGAGAUAUGUCAAAUCAAGUCCACACCGACCUGAAAAUCAGCUUACACCAAAUAUUGUAUACGCUAAAUAUAAUACGUUUACAGUAAAUUGUACAUAAUUGUUAUCUCCAUAUGAUCAUCAUGCAUAUAAAACAAUAAUGCAGCAAAUACAAAACAACCUAAUUAUGUUUAAAGCACUCACAAAAGAUAAUCAUACUGCUUAAUGAUCUGGAAAUUUUAUGUAAGAAUGUUAUAUCAAUUUUUUUCUUAAGUCCUGAAAUUGGCAGUUUCCAAAGGGCGGUAUCAGAUCCACAAAUCUUGCAAAGUUUUGAGAGAGCAUGCCGUUCGUACUGUUACGAGAUGCCUAAAUGUGACUUCAGCGACCCCUACCGACGAACAGACGGACAAUGUAACAACCCGAUCAACCCUCUCCUGGGAUCCUCCUUCACUCCUCAACAGCGAGUGGUACCAAAUGCCUACGAUAAUCUGAUUGAUGCCCCCCGUACACGGUCUGUUGACAACUCCCCCCUGCCCAGUGCCCGGACUGUCAGUAACAGGGUCUUCCAGUGGACCUUCAGGGGCAUGACCCCGGUCAGUGCCAAGUACUCCACUUUUCUAACCAACCAUGGACAGUUUAUCAAUCACGAUGUCAUCUCCACACCCACAGAAACACUUCCGACAAACAAUCCUAUUCUAGACUGUUGCGACCCUAUUGGAGGUUCCAUAAAACCCGAGGCCUGCUUCAUCAUCCCUGUUAACACUGAGGAGCGAGACCCCUGGUUUCCUCCGUAUCAGAAAUGUAUGCACUUUGUCCGUCAAGCCGGUGCACCUCCUUUGGGAUGCCAAACCGGUGUCCGGGAACAGAUUAAUGAGAGGACGUCGUUCGUGGACGGUUCUAUGAUCUAUGGAUCAGAUUCAAGUAGGGAAAAUCAGCUUAGAGAAAAAUCUAAUGGAAGGCUUGCCGAGCAUAUUGAAAAUCUUCUGCCCCCACACCCACAAGGCUGUCCGGCAGAAAUCAAGGCGACGAGAGACUGCUUCGUGGCGGGAGACCACAGACAGAGUGAAACACCAACUCUCACUGUGCCUCACAUCACGUGGUUAAGACGUCACAACUUGAUUGCUGACGCAUUAAGGAACGCGACAGGUAUAACAAACGAUGAAACACUUUUCCAGGAGACCAAAAGGAUAGUUAUUGCGGAACUCCAACACGUAACUUAAAAUGAAUUUUUACCAGCUCUCCUUUCUGAUAAAACUAUUAAAGCUUUUAACCUUCGAUCCCGACGGUCCGGCCAUGUUGACAAUUACAAUCUUUUCAUUGACCCUAGGACCAUUAAUGCAUUUGGUGUGGCGGCCUACCGAAUGGGUCACAGUUUGGUCCGGAAUACCGUCGGACAUCUUGGUAAGGGAAGGCCUAAGACCUUUCCUAUAUACAAACAUUUUGAGGUCCCAGAUUUAAUGUAUGAAGGUGGAUAUGAACUUAUGGCUAGGUGGAUGUCAAGGGAACCUAAAUCCAGGUCUGACCGAUUUCUAGUGGACGGGAUCAGAAAUAGACUGUUUGAAAAUUUCAAUUUUUUGGGACCUUCAGUUGAAACGCCUUCCUUAGAUUUGGGAGCUCUCAAUGUCCAAAGGGGUCGAGAUCAUGGCAUUCCGUCCUACAAUGCUUACCGACAGUUCUGUGGACUUCCGAAAGCCAACUUCUUCGCAGUAACGCACGGAGGUUUGGUUAACCACAGCCCACAAUCAGCAAAGGCACUUCAACAAGCCUAUAGACAUCCUGACGACAUCGAUUUGUUUGCUGGUGGUAUUUCUGAAACACCUGACAAUGGCAGUAUAUUGGGGUCCACGUUCCAAUGUUUGAUAGCCUAUCAGUUCAGCCUCUACAAACAAGGUGAUAGAUUUUGGUACGAAAGGAAAUUCCAAGAAAACCCAGUAGCCGCAUUUACCAAAGCCGAGCUUUCUCAAAUCAAAAAGGUUACAUACUCAAAGGUAUUGUGUUCUGUGAUGAAUAAUAUUGGCGUCCCUCAUUCCUUCCAACCUCGAUUGAUGUUGCGAUCCAACAGUCGUGGAAAUUCUCCGUUGUCAUGCAAGAAAAUACUUAGAAAAAGUACUCUUGGAUUCAAAAUAAAGCCAUUUACCCAACAACUCCGAAAGUUAGGCGGGAACAGGAAAGGAAGCUACAGUCCCUUGUCAUACUCUCGCUUGAAUCAAGGCAUGCGCAGUAUUAUCUAUGGGCCUAAUAGUUAAAUGUUGUCGAUUGCAACCUGGUUCUCAUGUUGCACAAUUAAAUGGAAAAUUAAUAUUUAUGAAAAUAAA